UUUAAUGCCGCGCGCUGGGCGGGAAUGUAAGAUGGCGGAGUAGCAACGCGGUACUGUUGGUGUUCAGACUGCCUGCUGACUUCCGUUCCCGUGUAGGCGGCGGCGGCGACCACUGAGCACGUUGAGGUAGUUGCCCAAGAUGCCGAAUAUCAAAAUCUUCAGUGGGAGCUCCCACCAGGACUUAUCCCAGAAAAUCGCUGAUCGCCUGGGCCUUGAGCUAGGCAAGGUGGUGACUAAGAAAUUCAGCAACCAGGAGACCUGUGUGGAAAUUGGGGAAAGCGUUCGUGGAGAAGAUGUCUACAUUGUUCAAAGUGGGUGUGGUGAGAUAAAUGACAAUCUAAUGGAGCUUUUGAUCAUGAUUAAUGCUUGUAAGAUCGCUUCAGCCAGCCGGGUUACUGCAGUCAUCCCAUGCUUCCCUUAUGCCCGCCAAGAUAAGAAGGAUAAGAGCCGGGCUCCAAUCUCAGCUAAGCUUGUUGCAAAUAUGCUAUCUGUAGCAGGUGCAGAUCAUAUUAUCACCAUGGAUCUACAUGCAUCUCAAAUUCAGGGUUUCUUUGAUAUCCCAGUGGACAAUUUAUAUGCAGAGCCAGCUGUCCUAAAGUGGAUCCGGGAGAAUAUAUCUGAGUGGAGAAACUGUACUAUUGUCUCACCUGAUGCUGGUGGAGCCAAAAGAGUGACCUCCAUUGCAGACCGGUUGAAUGUGGAUUUUGCUUUGAUUCACAAGGAACGGAAGAAGGCCAAUGAAGUGGACCGCAUGGUACUCGUGGGAGAUGUGAAGGACCGGGUGGCUAUACUUGUGGAUGACAUGGCUGACACUUGUGGUACAAUCUGUCAUGCCGCUGACAAACUUCUCUCAGCUGGCGCUACCAGAGUUUAUGCUAUCUUGACACAUGGAAUCUUUUCUGGCCCUGCCAUUUCGCGAAUCAACAAUGCAUGCUUUGAAGCAGUAGUAGUUACCAAUACCAUACCUCAGGAGGACAAGAUGAAACACUGCUCCAAAAUACAGGUGAUUGACAUCUCUAUGAUCCUUGCAGAAGCCAUCAGGAGAACCCACAAUGGAGAAUCUGUCUCCUACCUGUUCAGCCAUGUUCCUUUAUAAUAGAACUUCUGAAGCAGUUUGAAAAUAAACCAACCCCACCCCCUUGUUUUUCUUGGUAUUGGUGAGUUCAGCAGAAGACCCAGCUUGCUUCAGUAUAGCUUCUUACAUCUCACAUUAGCUAUAUUAGCAUUUGUCCUAAAUCGGAGAAAGACCAAUUACUAUUAAUUGCUAGGAUGUUCGACCUGCAUUGUUGUAUCCUGGCUUUCUUGUUUAUUUUGUGAACCUUGCAGCUUUAAGUUGAGCUCAGCUGUUGAAAGAUGUAUAGACUGUUAAGAAUAUUCCACAAGGUCCUUAGGACGUGGUUGACAAAGCUCAGACUCCACUGCAUGGGAAUGCUUUGGGGUUUUCUGCAUUCAGAAUAACUAGCGACAAAGCCAGCCCAUGUGUAAUACAUUUUCAGAGGUCUGCAGCAAGAACCCUGAGCAUCCUUAAACAUAGUUCAGAUGUUGAGCAUCCUGUAAGGCAGGGGCAGGUAGCUCAAUGCAGUAAUUAGGUUUUGGGAGGAAGAAGCCUGAUCCAUUGCUAUUUAACGCUUACCUAUCUCGCUUGGAUUCUCUACACCUAUUCCUUUCCAGUUGGCUUUACCUUUAGCUAUCGUGACCCUUUCCUGGCCAAAUAUCUUGGACUCAGUGAUCAUUGUAACAACAUCUUCUGUAAGACAGACUUGCUUCUUGCUAUGUAACUGCUAACAUUCACAUUAGGUAACUUGCUGUAGCACGGCCUUCCUUAGCCUACUACCUCUGAGGUGGUGGGUUUAGGUGGUGUUGUAGUGCCUUUUGAUUAAUUUAAGUAUUUAAUUUUUAUCUUCCUUGGAUCCGUUUGGCCUCUCAAUUGAACUUACUGUAUUGUGUAGAAGAAACUUAAUAAAAUGUCUGUCAUGUGUGCA